AUGCUACCGUCAGUCACACCUCUACAUCCACGCCUCGGUCUUCCUCUCUUUUGCACCGCCGCUAACCCUCGCCACCGUUCGCCGCCGACAUGACGACUUAUGGCACCAUUCCGACGUCCUCUGGCGGAGGUUCGAACCUCGAGUACUUAUCCCGUGCAAAAGAACGAAUAAAAACAGGACUCGGCACACGACGGCCAUGGAAGGAGAUAUUCAAUCUACGGUCGAUUAACUUUCCUCACGGCGUCUCCGAAGCAUAUAAACGGAUUAAAACGAACACCGGCUACUUUCGGAUGAAUUAUGCGAUAAUUGUGCUUUUCAUUUUGUUUCUUAGUCUGUUAUGGCAUCCGAUCUCGUUGAUCGUAUUCGUUGUGUUGAUGGCGGUCUGGUUGUUCCUUUACUUCCUCCGCGACGAGCCUCUGGUGAUUUUUCACCGUGUGAUUGAUGAUCGUGUUGUUCUGACGGUUUUAUCUGUUUUAACGCUUGUUUUGCUGCUGUUGACUGACGCCAAAAUGAACAUACUGGUGGCGGUUUUGGUCGGGAUCGUGGUCAUCCUGAUUCAUGCUGUUUUGAGAAGGACGGAUAAUUUGUGCUUAGAUGAAGAAGGUGCUGAGGCAGGUGGCUAUUUGGUUGCUUCUCCAUCGUAGAAGGUAGUCUCUCGGUUCCUUUUAGUAUCAAUUAUAACUCUGUGGUUGUUAAUUUCCAGAUUUACUACUGCUCAUCUGUGUUGAUUCUUGAGUGGAAAUGUAAUUCGUGAUAGUAGGAGCUUCUGUUUGUUUCAAAAUUUCAACCAUAAUUACCUUCUGUACCUAUGUGUGUAUUCAUGAGAUUCAAUUUGUGCACGAAACUGUAAUUCCACUUUCAUCUGACAAAGUUAGCUGUCAGAGUUUUAUUC